AUGAGAAAUCAAUCCCAGAGUUCACCCGCCCAGCAGGACAGAGGUGGGUCAUGAAGACGAUAGAAGCUCCGUGUCGUGCCAGGGACUUUGAGGCUCUGAACUUCACGCGUCUUAGAGGUCAGUUUAACUGGACCAUGACCUUCCGUCUAGACUCAGACAUCCCCCAGCUUUACGGGACGCUCGAAAGACUUUACGCCGUCCCCAAGAAAAACUACGACCAAAUUUACUCGUCUAAAACCUUCCAGGCUGCCUGGUUCGUCAGCCAUUGCUACGCUCAAAGUAUGCGGGGUAUGUACGUAGAACGGAUGAGAUCAGUUCUUGACGUCCACAUCUUUGGCGAAUGUGGAGACGGCAACCAUACUUGCCAGGAGGGAACUAACAGACGUCAUGCAGACAGUGACGUCUGCCUGCCCAUGCUUUCCCGCUCUUAUUUUUUCUACCUGGCUUUCGAGAAUUCGAUAUGUAAAGAUUACGUAACGGAGAAAUUUUUCAAACUUUUCUACGACGUUGACGUCAUACCGGUCGUCCGAGGCGGAGCAGACUACAAAAGUUUUUUCCCGCCCAAAACUUUUGUUGACGCGGCGGACUUUGAUACACCGGAAGAGUUGGCCGAAUAUUUGCGGAAGUUGUCGCAAAACAAACAGCUGUACCUGCAGAUGCUGGAAGAAAAAAACAAAUACCGGACAGUGCCGGAGGUGCCGUGGACGUGCAACUUGUGCCGGAAGAUGAUGCAAGACUCCAGUGUACAGUGGUAUCCGGAUAUCUGGAGUUGGUACGUGCAAGACCAGUGCCACAAUCCUAGGACAAUGUAA